AUGCUUGUAUUUAUAAUUUAUGUUUUGGUUGUCUUCUGUAGAGUUGUUUUAGCACCAUUGACUAGACAAAGAUCAUACGGAAAUGUUCCUCAGCCACACGCCAUCUUAUAUUACUCUCAGAGAACAUCUAAUGGGGGUCUUCUCAUAGCUGAAGCCGCUGGAGUUUCUGACACAGCUCAAGGGUACCCAGAUACUCCUGGUAUAUGGACUACGGAGCAAGUGGAAGCAUGGAAACCCAUUGUUGAUGCGGUUCAUGCUAAAGGCGGUGUCUUCUUCUGUCAGAUUUGGCAUGUGGGAAGGGUUUCAAAUACUGGUUUUCAGCCAAAUGGGCAAGCUCCCAUCUCUUCUUCUGACAAGCCACUAACCCCCCAAAUUGGUAUUGAUGUUGAGUUUACACCUCCAAGGCGAUUAAGGACAGAUGAAAUCCCACAAAUUGUCAAUGAUUUUAGACUCGCUGCAAGGAAUGCUAUCGAAGCUGGUUUUGAUGGAGUGGAAAUUCUUGGGGCCAAUGGCUACCUUCUUGAUCAAUUUAUGAAAAAUCAAGUGAAUGAUCGAACAGACGAAUAUGGUGGAUCUCUGGAGAAUCGUUGCCGAUUUUCUCUGGAAGUCGUUGAAGCUGUUGUUAAUGAGAUAGGAGCAGAUAAUGUUGGAAUUAGAUUAUCUCCAUUUGCCAACUGUAUGGAAUCAGGGGAUUCAGAUCCGAAAGCAUUAGGGCUUUAUAUGGCUAAUUCGUUGAAUAAAUAUGGAAUUCUGUACUGCCAUAUGGUUGAGCCGAGAAUGAAGACAGUUGGAGAAAAAUGUGCAUGCCCCCACAGUCUUGUACCCAUAGGAAAGGCUUUCAAUGGUACCUUCAUUGUUGCAGGUGGUUUUGACAGGGAAGAUGGGAACAAUGCUGUGGCUGAGGGUCGUGCAGAUCUUAUCGCCUUUGGUCGUUGGUUCUUCGCUAAUCCAGAUUUACCAAAGAGAUUUGAGCUUAAUGCUCCUCUGAAUAAGUACAACGGAGAGACCUUCUGCAUAUCUGAUCCAGUUAUUGGCUACACUGAUUAUCCGUUCCUUGAAACCACUGCUUAAUUGGUUUACUGUAUAGAAGCUUGAACCUUCCUAUAUUGCAUUGCAUAAUGACAGUAAAAUUGUCAUUUGGUAUAGUGUUGUAGCUUGCGACCACGUAAGUUUAAUAAAGAUAAUCUGUUUUUUUUCUAA